AUGGAGCUUGUCUCAGGAGCUCUGGAAGAGACCUUCUCAAUCGCAACUAUAACUGAUUUUGCAACCAUCUACAUGACAUUUGAGGUCAUGACUGCUUUGUCAUGCUUUGUCCAUGGCAAAUUUGGACAGGCUAAUCGAACCUUGGAUGUGGACGAUGAAGUAGCCUACGCACUUGUUCGAGGAGGAACGCAAUCCUACAUUCCUGACCACUUCAGGCGGCCAACGCUGGUGAGUGGAGCCGGACACGCGGCCUGCCGCAGCUUGCUGCAAGGUUUUUAUGGAGAGCUGCAGUGGCGCCUGCGUCAACAGCAGGAGGUGUUGGGAGAGCUUCAACAGCGCUCAGAGGAAAGGCUUUGGGCAGUGCGACUGAGCAGGCCUGGAGCCACGACCAGUCCGACGGAUGCGAAGUCCAAGGGCGACGAGCGCUGA